GCAGAGUACGGUUGGCAGACCUGGGAGGAGUGACAGUGUAAACAAUCACCUUAGUGACUCAGCGCUUCUACUCUUCCCUCCUCUCCCUGCUGCACGUUUCUCUGCCUCGCCGCCACACGCCGCAGUGGCCCCAAGCCUCCGCUACACUCGCCUCCUCCUGCAGGGAUGGAAAGGAGAUCCGUCAAGAUCCAGCAGUGAUCUGUCUUAACAAAUCAUCUAAACGUUUAUCAUAUCACCAUCCCAGCUACCCACAUCAACAGUGAUGAGCGCUCAGCUGGCAGGCUCUCACCCGCACUCUGCACAGCGGGAAGACUGGCCACCCCUCUCCCCCCCACCCUGUGAUAUCAGCGAUGAUGAACUGGUCAGCAUCAGUGUCAGGGACCUCAACCGCCAGCUCAAGCUGCGCGGGUUGUGUCGAGAGGAUAUCAUAAAGAUGAAGCAACGCCGGAGGACACUGAAGAACAGAGGAUAUGCAGCCAGUUGCCGUAUCAAGAGAAUUGAACAGAAGGAUGAGCUAGAGUCAGAACGCACAACAGAACAAGUAGACAUCGAAAAACUUGCCAAUGACAACAUCAGCAUGAGGACCGAGAUUGACAGACUGUACCAGAACUAUGAGGCCCUGAAGAAGUUUGCCAAUCUGAAGAACAUUCCUCUGCCACAAGACCUAGAGACCCUGUGACUGGAGGCGGCGCUGUAGCGAGGCUGGUGCGUCUGUGUUUGUGUCUUGCGUCGCAGGCAGCAUGGCCCACUCCUCUAGAAUCACUACAGCGUUUGUUACUUAAGCAUUCCAGGUCAGUUGCAUUCACUCGGUGGGCACUUUGAGUCAGCCAGACCUUCACUCAAGGAAAUGGUGCUUUUAGCUAACUAAAUAUUUUAUCAUAGUCUGUUUAAGUGUUUUUCUUGAGAGGAGAUGGCCAUUGUGUGGGUGAGGAGGUUCGAUUGGUGUUCGCUUGAGCUCCUCCCUGUCUCGCUGGGUGAAAGGCAAAGCAGGUGUGGCUUCAGGACCUGGCAAAGGGUUUCUGAAGCCAGUAAAGUCUUAUGAGGCUAUUCUAUUGUGCCUUCUUGGAAUGAAUGUGAUUGAAAUAUAAUAAAGUUUCCUCAGAUAGGAAAUAGGAGAGAUGUAUUACAUGUGUGACAUUAUUAUCAAUUAUAUCUUUAUUUACUGUAUAGAUCAAAGUAAUUACUUUGCUAUCCUCAAAGAUUUUAAAGAUUUUUUCUUCAGCAUGUGUUGUUGCUAAGUAUUGAGUUCCCCUUUUGCAAUGAAUGGAGCAUGGCCACUUGGAAGUCCUAUGACAAGUGUGCCAUGUUGAGGUCUGGAUUGAAUGCAGAGCUGACUCAUAACACAAAUAUAUUUUUUUGACUGAGAAGCUGUGUAUUACGUUGGGUUCACGCGCCAUGGUUUGGUCCUGAAAGGAAUCUCGUUGGAUGAAGAAGUGCCACAAUACUUUGGGGUUUUACUGUGUUGAUCAUGUGUUUGAAUUUUGAAUACUAUGUACUACUACAGUAAGGAAUAUAUGUAUUACUUUUAUUUAGCAUUACCUGUUAUGGUAAGAUGGAUGGAGUGUAGCACUAGAUAGUCAAGAUGGUAUAGUUCAAACAUUGUACAAUAAACCGUGAUGUUUUCA